AUGACAGCCUCAAUAUCACCCGACAAUCCCCCAUAUCUGACUCUGACCAUCUCACAGGCCCUCUCACUUCCGGCUCCAGCCUCCCUGGAACCAACACAACAUGAAACGGUCAAUAUGAUGCUCGACUCUCGAGCACGUGAGAAGCCGGAUCACCUGGCUACAGGAUUCACCUAUCUGACUCCCGAGGGCGCAUGGCAAUGUCACACCUUGACCUAUGCUCAGAUACGCAGCCUCUCCAUCAGUCUUGCUGCCGAGCUGAAAGCAAAGCUGCCAGGGAGCGAAGCAAACCCUAAAUCGCCCAACAGCACUCCACUGGUCGCAGUGCUCUCGCCGUCUGGAAUUGAUCUGUUUGCGCACAUUGUUGCACUGUGGAGAUUGGGAUAUGGCGUUCUGUGUAUCGCACCAGGCUCACCUGCCGAGUCGAUAGCAAAUCUGCUCAGGCUGACAGAGACCAAGGUGAUUCUGGCGCACGCCUCCCAGUUCAAGGCUGCUCAAGCGGCUAUAGAAGCUGCGGCUACAGAAGGAAACGGUAAGGCGAUCACAGCUGAGGCUGAAGAGAUGCUGCCACACGUUACCAAAUACAUCUCUUCCAACCAGAGCAACGGGCAUACAAACCCCGAACAAACGUCGCCGGACAGUGCUAGCUCAGCAGACGUCCUAGUAACAAUGCACACCUCGGGGUCAUCUGGCCUGCCCAAACCUAUCUACCAACUCCACCGAUUCUGGACAACAUCCAUGCUCUCCGCUCCCGGUCGAGAACUCUCUGCAUUCACAACAACCCCGCUUUUCCAUGGAGGAAUGUCCGAUCUUCUACGCAGCAUUCAAGCUGGAUCCACAAUAUAUUUCCACCCCACCGCCGACCCGGGUGCGCUGUCGACUCAAGCUAUCUGCUCAGCUAUCACCGCCUGCAAGCAGCCAAUUUCGUACUUCCUCUCCGUGCCGUACAUCCUUAAUAUGCUCUUCACUGACCGCGCUGACAGGGGGCGGAAGAUGCUAGCUAGCAUGGAACUUGUCAGUACGGGCGGUGCUCCACUCCCUCAGCAGUUGGGCGAUGAUAUGGUGCAAGAAGGUGUAAAGCUUGUCAGCAGGCUAGGCAGUUCAGAGUGCGGCUUUCUGAUGUCUUCCUGGCGAGACUUUGGAAACGACAACGAGUGGAAUCAACUUCGUUUACCCGAUAAGCUUGGGCAAGAAUGGAUCCGGUUCCAACCGCAUGAUCCCAACUCCAGCUCGAGGCUGUACGAGCUAGUGGUCACCAAAGAUUGGCCGACAAAGCUCGUCGCGAACAGAGGCGAUGGAAGUUACGCCACUUCCGAUCUAUAUGCUAAGCACGAAAGCCUGCCGAACACAUGGAGGUACGAUUCGAGAUCAGAUGACACCAUCGUCCUUGUCUCUGGCAAGAAAGUAUCUUCACCAUUGGCCGAGUCGAAGUUGAAAGCCUCUCCCAUGGUCAGCGAAGCGAUACUCUUUGGUGCGAACAGAGCUAUUCUUGGAGCCCUCGUCUUCAUCACCCAAGAAGCCGCACCGGAAGGUAUACCUUUUGACGCUGCAGCAAAAGUCAAAGUACUGGAACAGCUCCAGCCAGUGUUGGCAGAAAUCAAAGCCGCUUCCCCACCCCACGCACAACUAGCGACAGAGAUGCUAUGCCUCCUACCACCGAGUGAGGCAGCUAGGAUCCCUCGAGCUAGCAAAGGCACACUUCAGCGCGGUGGAGCGUAUCAGCACUACGCCGACCUGAUCGAUUCGGUGUAUAGUGAUUUUGAAGAAGGUCGUUCGUUACGGCUCGAGCAUGCCAAUGGGUCUGGAGCGAAAGACAGUCUCAAAGGAGAAGAGUUGAUUGCAUGGCUACUGGGGAAAGUGGAGAGUAUCAAUGGAGCGAGUUUGUCGCCGGAUAUAGACCUCUUCGUUGCCGGUGUGGACUCGAUUCAGUCGGCAAGAAUUAGAGCUGCGAUUCAUCAGAGCAUCGAGCUAGGAGGGAGGUUGUUGGAGAGGAAUGUUGUGUAUGAGUAUCCUACCAUGCGGUUGCUCGCGAAGCAUGUUGAGGAGGCUAGAACAGGCAGCGAUGGCAGCCGAACGAAGGACGAAAAGCAGCAGCGAGAGAUCAAGUUGAUGCAGGAGCUCAUGGAGAAGUACGCUAAGCCGCAGAGCCAGGCAGCUACUCGGAAGCAAAACGGAGCGAACGCUGCGGCGGGGACGCUGUACGUCCUGACAGGAGUGACAGGAGGACUGGGCGCACAAGUGCUGGACCAAGUUCUCACGCAGUCACAGCCAAGAGACAUGAUCGUGUGCUUAGUUCGCGCUAAAGCAGAACAUCACGCUCGCCAACGUGUGCUCGACUCUCUCUCAUCACGGCAGCUCGAUCAAGCCCUUUCUUCGGUCGAGUCGAGACACGGACGGGUUUACUGCUUACCAGCUGACCUCUCGCGUGCUGAUUGCGGCCUGGCAGAUGGUACUCUCUCCAAGCUCGCACACCACGAAAAAGUGGUGACUGUCCACUCUGCAUGGUCAGUCAACUUUGUCGCAGGCCUUUGCAGCUUCGAAGCUGAAAACAUCGCCGGUCUUGCCCAUCUUAUCGACCUACACCAAGCCCUCGCCUCACACAGCAAGGAUCCUCGAGCCUCCUGCUUCACCUUCUGCUCAUCUGUCGCUUCCAUUCUGGGACAAAGGUCGACUGACGGAGGAUUGGGUGAGAGGCUCUCCACAGACCCCGAAGAUGCAGUCGCGAUGGGAUACGCGCGAAGCAAGUGGGUAGCAGAGCAAAUCGUCUCUCGUCGAGCCCAAAACUCCCAAUCACGAUCAAACAUCAUCCGUCUCGGCCAACUAUGUUCCGACACACGCCACGGAGUAUGGAACGAAAGUGAAGCAUGGCCUAUCUUGAUCCAAAUCAGUCAAAAAAUCGGUUGUUUCCCUGAUCUGCCAAACGAACGACUCGACUGGCUCAGCGCCGAUGUCGCUGCUCGUGCCGUGCUCGAUCUCUCUCGCUCACCGGAAGAAGCUGGAAAAGAAGGGGAGAAGGAGGUGGAAGUGUACAAUCUUGCCCAACCAACAACUCGCAGCCAAGAAAAGGUUGCGAGCUGGAGAGUCUUGCACAGCUGGCUCCAGUCUUCUGGUCUACCUUUUGAGCUUGUUCGGCCGACGGAAUGGCUAGACAGGGUGCAAAAGUCGGAUGUCGAUCAUAGGGGACUGCUAUCGUUGUGGCAGAAAAACUUCUCUGCUGCUCCAGCAACAGACUCUCCAACGCGCUUCGUUUGCGACAAAGCACUGGCAACAAGCGACGCCUUCCGCACCUGGCAGACGGAAGCCGUGACAGAGUCUCUCGUCAACAAGACGGUUCAAAGAUGGAAGACAAUUGGCUUCCUCAAGUAA